CCAGACAUAAAACGACAGGGUGUGUGCCAUCUCGCUUUUUCUUUUUUUCUCGUGUGUGACCGCCUCUCUACGCCUAAUUGCUCUGAGCUCCUCCCGUGUCGCCGAGAUUUUUCUUCUUCUUCUUCCUCAACCUUCAAAACCCUAAAAGAGAAAACCACCGCGAGAAGAGGCACAGUUAUCACCCCCUUCGAUAAUUCCGCCACCCCAAUCUCCAAUUCAGCGAUGGCUGCCGCGACAGCCAGGACGCAGGCGCUCUCUCUCCUCGCCGCUGCCAACAACCACGGCGAUUUGGCAGUGAAGCUCUCGUCUCUCAGACAGGUGAAGGAGAUAUUGCUAUCGCUCGACCCCUCUCUCUCCGCCGAGAUUUUCCCCUAUCUCACAGAACUCCACUCGUCUCGUGAAAUCCUGGUUCGCAAAUCCCUUCUCGAGAUCAUUGAGGAGGUUGGUUUGAGGAUGAUGGAUCAUUCUUAUGCUCUAGUGACUGUCUUACUAGUCUUAGCAAGGGAUGAGGAUCCGAUUGUUGCAAAGAAAGCUGUUUCUGUUGGCACAGCUUUCUAUUGCAGCAUCUUGGAGGAGAUGGCAAUGCAGUUUCAUCACCGUGGUAAAGUUGAUCGCUGGGUUGGGGAACUAUGGACAUGGAUGGUUAAGUUCAAAGAUGUUGUCUUUUCUACUGCAUUGGAGCCUGGUAGCGUAGGGGUGAAAGUUUUGGCGCUAAAGUUUAUGGAGACAUUUAUUUUGCUAUUUACUCCUGAUGCAUCUGAUCCUGAGAAUUUUUCCAACGAAGGGAGUAGGCAGAUGUUUAACAUAUCCUGGCUUGCUGGCGGUCACCCCAUUCUAAAUUCAGUAACGCUUAUGUCUGAAGCAAAUAGAACGUUUGGUAUCUUACAAGAUCUCGUACAGUCGGCUGGUCGUUUACCGGGUGCACUGACGGUAGCUGUUGUUAGUUGGUAUGUUUCUGUCUGAAUCCCGCUAUUCUUGUGUAUUCGAUUUGCUUUAUAUUCUUCAUGGUGUUAGUUUUGCUUGGUAACCUGAUAGCUAGAUGUAACCUGAUAGCUAGAUCAAAAUGAUUGCCCAUUGUUUUGCUUGGUAACCUGCAUGUUGGUGAUAAAACGAACCAUGCAGAAUGUGUCUUGCUGCAAUGAUAUGUGUUGUUAAGCGUAUGAUGGGGUGAUAUUACUAGUAUCUUUUGCAUAAGUUUGAUGUUUGUCUCAUGUUUUUGAGAAACAACAAUAAGAAAUGAUCUUCCGCUUUUAAGCAGUUUCAUAAUCAAAUAAGCUUUGUUAGACGAAUAACACCAGGGGGAAUAAACUGCUGUUUUCCAUUUUUAUGCGUCUACUAAACUUUUGGUUGAGAGAGAUAAAGCAUGGAGACAGGUCAUAUCACCAGUUCAACCCAUAUGAUAUAGUUGCAGCUAACUGAAUCAUAGUCCGGGGGAAAAUGGCUCGGUUGAAGCUGCAUCAGUUAUUGGAUACUGACAGUUACCUGGGCUUAUGGCGCCUGCAAUUUUUGGGUACUGUGGAGCUCCAAUAUACAAGUCAUACGGACAUCAAACAACGAAUAGAAUGGUCAGAUGGUAGUUAGAAAUGCUGUUUCCAAGUAACGCUGAAACGUGGUAGAGGGAAGUUUUUUUUGGUUAUGUGAACUGGUUGUAUAUAAUAUUACUUAUGACUGUGAUGUUGGGAUAUUGAAAAUGUAUACACUACAAUAUUACGCACAUUAUAAUAUGGCAAUCAGAGAUUUCUUUAUGCUGAA